UUAGCGGGGGGGGGUUACACAAAUUGGCGGCGUUGCGCAGUCAUAUGAAAUAAAGGAGAAAAGCUGAUUUUCUGGUGUGGAAGGUCGGUGCUGGAGUGGUUCAGGGAGGCUUACGGGGCAGUUCGGGGUGCUCGGGACUUCCCGGAGCUCUGUUAAUGUGUAAUGAGGGCACGAGCAUCUGCGCUCCUGUCAUGGACCGCGUGUCUCCACUUGUCACUUUCCGUGAGGAAGAAGAAGCUGGAGUAAACACCGAGCUUCUGCUUUUACGGUGUUUUUACAAUGUGUCUUCACUCUCUGUCGGUGUCCUGUCUGGGCUCGAUUCCCUACAGAAACCUGCUUAGAUGGGAUUUGGGUAACAGCCUGUGACAGGAAAAUUUAAACACCCAAACUGACAAGCUGACAAGAGCUCAAAUAUCUUAAAAAUCCUUUGAAGGCUUUAUUAUGAGUACUGUGACCCUGAGAAAUUCUCCGCUGUUGAGUCAUUUGGGGAUUAGCAGCGGUGAUGCUAAAUAAUGACUUUAGUAGGUUGCUUGUAUUUAGGACAGUGUUUGCUUCUACCUCUGAGAUCUGUGUUUUUAGCAGUGCUGUGGUCACUGGGCACCUUGAGGAAUUGAAUUUCUGUCUGUAAUGACUGAUGGCUUCAACAUUAUUUCAGUUUUGUUUAAUCAGGUAAUUGUCUUACAAAAUUAGUAACUGGACAGUGUUCCCAAGUGAUACAUCCCCAGUGGCAAAAUCUGCAGCCUACCCACAUUUUUUUUUCCCCUAGAAAUUUGUUUUGGAGUAGCUUUUGGGUGACUUCAGCAUAGUCUUACAAAGAUCCACUAUUAGUGAGAGAAAUUAUGUAUCACUUUAAUCUAUUGUGCAAGGUUGUUUUCCAGCUUUUCUGUACACAUUUCUGUACGCAUCACCUUGAGCAGGCAGUUGACUGUGGGGUGAAAACACAGCCUUAAUAAUGGGUGUAUUGUUGGGAUUCACUAAUUAUCAGUGUUCAUGAGGUCAUUAUGGAACCCUAAGAUUUAUUAUUUCUUAAGCCUAAGAUUUAUUAUUUCUUAAGCCUGUCUGUCAUGUAACAAGACUGACAAUAAAGUGAAUCUCUUUUUAGAAGCUCUGGUACUGAAAUAACCACUUUGAAAAGAAACAACAGUGCUGUGAUGUGAAUGUUGAGAGUCAGUGGCUUUGCGUGGUUCUGCUCAGAACUUUGAAUGUUUGGGAGCUGGAGAUUACAUUUCUCCUUGCCUGCAGACAGGCACAUGAUCGAUUCAAAUCAACAAUAAAUUCUUUUCAACCCUGAGCUCGUCGAAUUAACCACAUUAAAUCUAUUAUGAAAAAACCAAUUCACUGUGUGUGGUAGGACGUGAUUGCAGCUUUUGUAACAGCCCAGCCAGCGUGGUGGGAACGCCACAGGUUGGUUUUUUUCCCAGCGUUGCUGCACCUACAUUUGUCCUUUUGCGCUGGGAGCAAUGCCGAAUUCCACAAGAUCCCAAAAACCCUUAUCAAUCUCUUGAUUGUAAUGGGCCGCUCCUCGAGGGCAUAGCUUCGCCUUGGAGCAGAUGGCGUCGCCGGGCAGCGAGGAUGCGGCUCAGCUCUGCCAGGGGCUCUCCCUGGCCGAGGUGGAGAGCGUGGCCAGCCUGCGCAGCCGCUCCGCCAGCCUCAGCAGCACCGGCUCCAGCGGCCGCGUGCAGCUCCGGCACAGGGUGGCCCAGCUGAUGGCCUGCGUGGAGGACAUCAGCUCCGACGAUGAGAUCCACGAGGAGGUGUCUCGCACUCUGGAUGAAGCGUUCCUCAUCUGGGGGAAAAAGCUGAAGGAUAAGUGGCAAGAAUUCAGACUACAUUUAGUUACCUGGAAUGUGGGCACAGCUUCUCCCCCUCCCGAUGUCACAAGUUUACUUCAGCUCAACUCCCUGGGCCCCACCACGGACAUGUACGUUAUAGGCCUACAGGAGGUGAAUUCAAAAAUCACAAAUUUUCUUUCUGACUUGGCAUUUGAUGAUCCAUGGAGCAUUUUUUUCAUGACUGUCUUGUCUCCCUUGGGAUAUAUCAAGCUCUCCUCAGUUCGCAUGCAGGGGCUGCUGCUUCUGAUCUUUGUGAAGCACGUGCACCUUCCCUUCAUCCGGGACAUCCACACCCACUACACCCGCACGGGCCUCUAUGGCUACUGGGGGAACAAAGGAGGAGUCGGCGUCCGCAUGUCCCUCUUCGGGCACACGAUCUGUUUCAUGAACUGCCACUUGCCAGCCCACAUAGAGAACACCGAGCAGCGACUGGAUGACUUUGAGAAAAUUCUGGAAAUGCAGUUUGAAGGGGAGGAUAUUCCGCUUCCCUUGGAUCAUGAGCUUCUCUUCUGGUUUGGAGACCUAAACUUCCGGAUAGCAGAUUAUGGGAUACACUUUGUCAGAGAAUCAAUCAAUAACAAGCGUUUCAGUCUGCUCUGGGAAAAGGACCAGUUGAACAUGGCAAAAAAGAAGGAAGCAUUUCUGAAGGAAUUCAAAGAGGGUCCUCUGCAGUUUAAGCCCACCUACAAGUUUGACCUUGACUCGGAGGUCUAUGACACAAGAGAACAGAAGUCCCUGUUUUGGUUUAAUGAGAAGAAAAGAAAGCCAGCGUGGACUGAUAGAAUUCUAUGGAAAGUGAAAAAUCUCAGCGAGGUUGCAUCAAAAGAGGGUGAAUUCCCUGAAGAGGAGAACCCAAUUUCUGUGACUCUGAAUAGCUAUGUCAGUCACAUGAGCUAUGGCAUCAGUGACCACAAACCUGUCACAGGAACUUUCAAGCUUGAGAUGAAGCCUCUUGUCUCAGAUCCCCUGGUCGUGCUGAAUCCUGAGGGCGAGUGGAAUGCAGAGCACGACGUUCUCAUCCGCUACUCCGCAGCGCCUGAACUCCCCAGCAGUGCUUGGGACUGGAUUGGGCUCUUCCAGGUGACUUUCAGGCAUGUGAAGGAUUAUGUUACUUAUGCUUGGGUGGAAGAUGAUGAAAUUUCUUCCAGCAGAGACAGCAAACAAGUUUACAUGAGUGCUUCAGAAAUACCCAAGAUGGGAGGAGAAUUUUUGCUUUGUUACUUUAGCAAUAACUUGCAGUCAAUAGUUGGCAUCAGUGAACCCUUUCAGAUUCAGCCUAGCCAAACACCAAUAGAAAAGGAUGUGCCAGAGGAAGAGAGCAGUUGGCUGCAGAAACGUGACAAACCAGAAUCAGGCGGUGGUUCUGAAAAUAGAAAGGGCAUUUAAUGGUCCUGGUUCAGCAGUCAGAUGAUUCUUUAUGUCUUAGUGAUUGUAAGCUUUUGCUCUUAGAAGAUGGAGUAAGACAGGUAGGAAUGUUCAGAAACUUUGGAAGCUCGUAGAAGAUAAUUUAUUGUGGAAAUGGUUAUUUUUAUUCUGGGGAGAGUGACUCUCUUGCACUGGAUGAGAACUGUAAAAUAGCACUUAAGGAAUGCUGUAUGUUUUAAGGUGAUAGACAUUUCUGAUGCAAUGAUUUAACCUAAGGAGGUUGCAAUGUUUAGUAGGUUUUUAGGCUUGUUCCUUUUUUUGUAGAGGAUAUUUUAUUUACGAUGCAAUAUUUACUAUGCUGUAACCACUUGAUGAUUUCCAAAUUUUGAGUUUAAAUGAAGUUAUUUAAAAAUUAUUUAUUAGAUACAGCUAGUUAGCUUGUUUUGAAAUUUUAUUUGACUUUCAGAUGUAAGCUAAUUACCUUUUGGGAAACACCUGUGACAGCAGGUCACAUGAAGAACAAAACCUUUGGAGUGUGUAAAGUCUCCAUUGGUAGAUCCUUCUCUUCAUGCCUUACUGAAGAACUCCUUGUAGGAUUUUCAAUUUCUGAUUCUUCCAAAUUGAAUUACAUUUAUCAAAAUGCACUAUUCCUCAUUUUUGAAAUUCUUAUUUUAUAAAACAAUGAAGCAAUUUGCCUUUUGCCUUUACACCCCUCAUUAAAAAACAUAAAAUAAUCCCAUUUUUAUACCAGUCCCUGGCUUGGAGUGAGCCAGGAUCCCACAACUUCUGAGGGAAAUUGCAGAAGCUGAGAAAGACUUUAGCAUAGAUGAGCAGCCCAUGGUUGAUGAUUUGGCAUAAUCUUUGAAAAUGGUAAAUCUCUUUGAUUUAUAGCAAUCAGUCUGCAAUCUGUGUUUUUCUAGAGGUGCUCAGACCUUUCUGUAUCCUGUGCACUUGAGGGUGGAGAUAAACCAGAAAUUUCCUGUACCUUUAGGAACCUGAAAGGUAGUUAGCUUCUGAAAGAGUCUUCUUUCUUGAUGGGGAAAUGGAGAUCUUUGGAAAGGAUGGGAAACAUUCCACAGAAUCUCAGACUGCAGUGCUGGGACAGAGCACUUUGACUCUCCCAUGCUCUGUAGCCACAGCUCCCUCCUGGGUGUGGUGAGCAGAGUUAGUCACUCCUCACUGGCACAGGGAUGGAAAAGAGCAGGUUUGCAUCAGGUGGAAGAGCAAGAGGCGUUGGGAUGUUCGUGCUGGAAUUCUGCUUCAGAACUGAGUGGAUUUUUGCUCUUUUUCUCAAAGCCUUAUUUUUUUUCAGGGUUGUUUUGAGAUAGAAAGUUAACAGCUUGAUAGGACAUUUGUUUUGCUUUUAUCAUUCACUGUAUAAAACCUUUUGAGGUCCAGGUGUCUUUGUGUCCUGUAGAAGCUCUGACAUAGGUUUCUGGUUAGGUAGUUGCAGUGGGCUUUAGGAACACUUGGCCUCUGUAGGUUUUAGUUGUAUCUCAGCUUGAUGCUUGGUGUUGGGAAUACUUGGUGAGUAGUGAGGGCAGGUUCAGAGGAUACUGUGUUCAUUGCCUGGAUUAACACUGCCUCGAGGUUUACAGUUUGUACAUUCCUGUUACACUUUGGAACCAUAUUAGAAACAGUUUGCCCGUUUAUACUGGUCUCCCAAGAAUUUGUUUUGCACCGAAUCUUUCAGAUGUGUGACUUCUCAUGGCAAUUAGGGCAUCAGGCAAACCCCUGCUUUGAACUGCGGUCCCUUCUGCAGUUCCUGAGCUGUGCUCUGUCUCUGGUUUCACUGGUGUAACUCCCUGACCAUUCUCCAUGCAAGGAGAUUCUGUGGAGAGCCCAAAGAGCAGUGGGCUUUGAAUUCCAGACCACAGCUGGCAAUUUACUGUGGACCAAGAUCCAGUUUCUUCCAAGCAGGGUGCAUCUGCUGGGCAGGAGCAGCUCAGAGGGAGCCACGCAGCCUCUGCAGGGGCGAGACACUCGAGAUCCUUUGUGUCUGUGGGAGCUGAGAACCCUCUGUCACUGGACACAGAAGCUGCAUUUUGUAAACUGAUCCUUUGAACCACGGGACUUCCCGGAAAAUGCCCCCAGCAGCUGGGAUUGGAGCUGCUUGUGUGUAAGGAGGAUGCUGCACAGAACUCUGCACUUCUUUCUUCAGUAUUAUGCACACAGAGGCACUUUUGUUUACUACUGUUACCUAUGGUAGCUUUUCAAACUAUUCCAUGACCUGUGAUGAUGCAAUUUCUGAUGAAAUUUAUCUUUUCUUAAAACACCUUUAAUUGGAUGUUAUAAUCACUGGAAAUGUUUUUAUACUCAUGUGUUUUUCUUUUCAUGUACCUCUAAAAUAAAUCCUGGCAGUGAAGUGUU